AUGGACUCAGUCUAUCUCCACUUCCUCGACUCUGCAGUAUCAUUGUACAAUUCACCCGAGAUGCGAUUGCUUGUAUUGGUGCUUCUGAUCGUGUCGGCGGCUAGUUCAAGUCCGCUCCAGAAUGCAAACCAUAUCUUCAAUGCCAUCCACUCGUCGAUGAGACAAUGGGGGUCGUCAUGGAACCACAAUGGCAUGUCCUUCUUCUUGGCGACUGUUCCCCAGCAUACCGUCCUUUACCAUGGCUCUCAUUCCAUCGAGCCUGAAACGGGGCCUAACUGGCUCGCAUUUGAACCGGAGCAUGCGUUGUGGUUUGCCAACAUAUGGAUGAAGGGUCCGAGCGACUCGGCCCAUGCUGCUACUACAGAGCGCCAUUCAGGUUACAGCAACCAGGUCAUUCUCAAGCCAGAAGAAGUACCUCGAGGCUGGUUACACACAUAUGAGGCAGCGAGGGACCUCCGCCUUCUUUAUGUGGACGGCAUAUCUGCUGGGAAAUCAGUAAUGGGCACUCUGGACUCCCAAGACCGAAUUUUAUUCAACGAUACAAUAAAGGACUCCCACGAUGAUCAGGAGAGAGCAAGCACGGCUUGUAAUAUAUUUCGAAAUGACUGGGGCAGUCGAAUAGAUGGCCUACUACGAAUGGAAACUGGAUUCGAGGUCAUUCUCUGCGACUUUGAUCGCAACAUGCAUCGGAUCAAUGUUCUCAGGGGGAAACCACACCCAGAGAAUGGAAAUUUUGCCAAACCAGCAGGAGGUGAGAUGUGGCGGCUAUAUAAGGUGAUUGCCGAGCGAUUUGGUGGUAUAGGAGGCGGCCGUGUCCAGCUGAAUUAUGACCAUUUUGUCACGGCAUAUAAUUACCCAACUUUGGACCUUUUUAAGGAGUCGGCAGAAAUUCCACGUCUCAAAAACCUAUCAUUGAAAUUAUUGGAGCCCAUGAAGCGAGAUCUGCAUCGACUUGUCAUGGACAAUGACCCCGGUCAAAUUUCUUACAACUGGCAGGAUAUCACCGACCUCAUCAUCACCCGCUAUGCCAAUGACCUCAGGUAUUUUGUUUCGAGAAAGCUAGACACCAAAAAUGCGCUACAGCUCGAGAUUGAAAGAGUAUUACUACCUUUUAUCGACUUUGAUAACAGAGAUUUCAACGCAGAAAUCAACCGGUGUGCUGCACAAUUUCUAACAGCCAGCCAACCCGCCGGAACUCUUGCCAGUGUUGCAGUCAAAUCAGUAACAACAUCAAUAUGCACCACGCUCCGCUCCGCUCUAGACUUGAAGGAAUAUAAUAACAUUGUCGCAUCCAUUCAAGAACUGAUCGAUUAUCUCGCAUGGACGGUCUGGAGGGAGUGCCCUCAAAAAUGUCAGAGUGACGAGGUAUGUUUCAUUCCAAUAUGGCCUGGAGGGACCGUCGAGGAUCGAGAAAACCCUCAGUGUAAAGAUCGAGCGAACAAUAGUAGUGGUCCGCCGUACUGGGACAAGCGGCCUUUAGUGGAAACUACAAAUUCACAUUGA